ACGAAUACAAACGAUGUAGGCCCUAUUUCUAAACGAUGACGCGACCUCGCCGCGUUUCCGUUUUUAGUCGUUAAAAUGGAGAGCCGUCACAGUUACAAGCUGUUGCUGGCGUUGACGGCGAUGUUGGCGAUGGCUGCCUCUCAAGAUGUAUCGAAAUUGUGCUUCGUCAAUAGCAAGAAAUGCGGAGACUGUAUAUCUGCAUAUCCGGAGUGCGUCUGGUGCAAGCAAGAGGGUUUCGACAGUAAUGAAGGCAGCAUUAGUAGAUGUGACACCAUGGCGAGACUUAUCAGUAAUAACUGCAGCCAAGAAAAUAUUGUCAACCCAAAGUCAAGCGAGACCAUCGACGUACAGAAGAAUCUCACAGAUGGCGCCGUUGCACCGGACGAACAGGCGGUACAACUGUUCCCGCAAGAGAUUACAAUGAAUAUACGCCCGAACGAUCCUCGGACGAUACGCGUGCAGUAUAGUCAAGCCGAAGAUUACCCUGUCGAUCUAUACUUCCUUAUGGAUCUAUCGAAAUCAAUGGAAGACGAUAAAGCUAACCUUGCUAUGCUAGGAGACAGGCUCGCGGCCGAAAUGCAAAACAUUACGAAGAACUUUCGCUUGGGGUUUGGAUCAUUCGUCGAUAAGGUGGCCUUGCCCUUUACGAGCCAAGUGCCAUCAAAGCUAAAAGAGCCAUGCGCUGGUUGUAGCGCCCCUUAUCUUUUCAAACACGAGUUGACGCUGACGACUGAAACAGAUAAGUUUGCCAAAAAAGUGAACGAAGUUCCAAUUUCUGGUAACCUGGACGCUCCUGAAGGUGGGAUGGACGCACUCGUGCAAGCUAUCAUGUGUGAGGAGCAGAUCGGGUGGCGCACGGGAGCGCGGCACCUCAUAGUCUACGCCUCCGAUGCCAGCUUCCAUUACGCUGGAGACGGGAAGCUAGGCGGCAUCGUGAUGCCAAACGACGGGCAAUGCCAUCUAGAUGACAACGAUGCAAUAUUACAGGGCACCGAACAGGAUUAUCCAUCCAUUUCUCAGCUGAAAAAGUUGAUUGGAGACAAAUCGAUUAACGUGAUCUUUGCAGCUAUUGACUCUGCAUUUGAUGUAUAUAAUGGACUAUCAGCGAUUAUAGAAGGCUCCACAGCGGGUGUCCUGGCAAGGGAUUCUUCCAACAUCGUCGGUCUUAUCAAGGAUAACUAUGAUCAAAUCAGCUCAACCGUGCAGCUGUACGAAUGCAACGAGACCGUUAGUGAUGGCGAGUCCAGUGGACAGUGUGGCUCGCUUAAAAACCUAGAGGUGCGCUACUCGAACGAAUUCGACGGUGAAGUACAGGAAGGGCCGCGCCGCGCCGGCAUCCGGGUUGGCGACACGGUAACGUAUAACAUUAAACAGCACGCCUAUAUAUGGGGCACUUUCUCCAUUCGACCUCGCAACAUCGCCGAAAAGUUGCUCAUAAAGCUGAACGUGAUUUGUGACUGCGACUGCGGCGACAAGAUUGAAAAUAGCACAGCGUGUUCGGGUAAUGGCACUCUAGCGUGCGGCGUAUGCGAAUGCAACCCCAACUACACGGGUCAACAGUGUCAAUGCCGCCUGAGCGACGAGUCCAAUGACGUCAACGAUGACACGUGCAAGGCACACGUGAUAGUAGUUUGUACCAUUAGCAUGAAAGAUUUUACCUCCAAAGAAAUCCCCGACUUUACUGCCAAUAUCACCAAGCCCGCGUCCUAUGUCUCCGCCGAAGUCAGCGAUGCCACCGCCAAUGUCUCCAAGCGUAUCACCAAUAUCAAAGUCAAGGACGUCGCCGAGGUUGUCUCCAAUGUCACCGAAGGCGUCUCCAAUGCCACCAAUAGCACCAGUGUCACGCGAGGGCAGUGCGUGUGUGGGACGUGUGUAUGUAAUCAGGAUUACACUGGAACGCGCUGCCAAUGCCCUGCAUCUAAAGACACGUGCAUAGCUAGCAAUGGGAAACUGUGCAAUGGACCGGGUAACGAAUGUACAUGCGACGGAGGAAGGUGGCGAUGCAAAUGUGAAGAGGAUUCAAACUUCAGAGGACCAACAUGUGAAGAUUGCCCGACGUGCGAAGGUUACUGCGAGCAGAGCAAAGACUGCGUGCAGUGCGUCACCUUCGGUACAGGCAAAUACGAUCAGGGAGAGUGUGACCGUGAAUGUUCUACCAAAGAAAUAAUUCCACAAAAAACUGUUUCAGAGGACCUGUCUCCGCAAGUGAAUCGCAAACUGUGCCAGUAUCCGGAUACGUCGAAUGAUGACGGCUGCUCGUUCCGGUUCACGUACGAAUUCGACUACGUGUCCAAUAUCAUCCUUAGGGCGCAGACGACGCGGGUAUGUCCGCUGAACCUGGCCGCUGUGACGGGUGCCGUGACGGGUGGCGUCAUAGGUGGAAUCAUACUCGCUGGCCUUCUGCUGCUGCUCCUAUGGAAGCUACUGACAACGGCACACGACAAACGAGAGUACGCCAAGUUCGAGAACGAGAGGCAGCUAGCCAAAUGGAGAAGGGAGGAGAAUCCUCUCUAUCACGCAGCUACGACGACGGUGCAAAACCCAGCGUUUGGGAGCUCGAACAUCCAGCUGAAAUGUGAAAACAGUCCGCCAACUUGUUGA